UAGGAUGAGCAGCGUCGAGUGUGAGCGUAUGGACAGUCUGGAGGGCUGGGUGGCGGUGAAAAGCAACAUAUUCGAGGAACCAGAGACGUUCAAGUUGGGUUUCAUCGUCCAGUGGAGCGUCAUCGAGUCUAAGUUCGCCGUCACCUGCCAUAACCGGACGUUACAGCGGCUCAAACGCAGAGCGGAGGUCGGUGUGAGCGGCGGUGACCCUCAGCUGAGCUGGGCCGGACUCUUCUCCGUGGACGACCUGAAACACAUCCACCAACAGUUUUCGUGCGUGGCAGACGUGCUGACAGUCUGCUUCCCGGACCUGUCCGAGUUCGAGGAGGGGAACAUUUGGGAUUUGCUGCUCCUGAAUCGGACGUGGUCAGCCCCGGAGGACAAUGGCAGGGAUUUUGACACGCCGUGCCGGAGACUGGAGAAGUACUUCAGCACAGCCAUCGACACCUGCGGCCGCAAAAUUGUUCUCGACACGUUGUUCCCGCAGCAGGACGAGAGAGACGUCGAGGAGUAUUUCGAGAACAUGCAGGAGUUCAAGAGGAAGACCAUGCAGGAGGAGAUGAGCAGGGUCAAAGGUCAUCUGCGACAGUUGCUGCAGAGUCAUGGCAGCGCAGACAGAAUGGUGGCGCUGCUGCGUCUCUAUGAAGAGGAGGACAUGGUCUACCAGGACCUGGUCUCUGUGGCCACCACCUUCUUCCACUAUCUGCUGCAGCCUUUCAGGGACAUGCGAGAGCUGGCCUGCCUCUACAAGAUGGAGAUCCUGAAGUCUUUAGAGUUUGAGGACUUGGGUCCUAAGAGAAUCGCAGCCCUGGAGAAGGAAGCGGAGGAGUGGAGAACGAAAGCAGGAGACGCAGUCGCCUCCAUUCAGGACAUCACUGUCAACUACUUUGCGCAGACUUCUAAGGCUUUGGCUGGUAUGUUGAAGGAGAUGGAGGAGGACAGGUGUCGUUUUGGACCAGCUGCCUGGGCGUCUGCAGUUCCCCGGCUGGAGAAACUACGCUUCCUGUUGGCCAAAGAAACACUACAGCACAUGAGAGCGACAGAGAUGUGCCUCAACCGAAAGAAAGACAGCAUCAGAGAGAAGCUGAGUGGCCUGUCCGGUGUCCAGAGCCAGAGACCUGACGCGUGGUCUACGUCCGAGGACGGAGAGCACACGGACACGGUGGACCAGCUGGAGCUGCGCUUCUACGAAACCCAACUGGAGCUGUACGACGCCAAGUUUGAGAUCUUAAAGAACGAGGAGCAGCUGCUCUUGGCGCAGAUAGGCACAGUGCGACGGCAGAUCAAAGAGCUGAAGGAGGAGGUGGUUUACUACGACGUGUGUGAGGAUGAAGAGGAGCUGCAGAGCAUGGUCCACACCAGCGUCCAGCAUGCGGACUCUCCGGCUGUCAGUCAUCUCAAAAGACGCCUGCGCAACCUGGAGGCCAAGCGAGGCAACAUCUGUGCCCGACGCGCUUAUCUCCGCAACAAGAAGGAUCAGUGCAUGGACGCCCAAGAACAGAAGCAGAUGGCAGCCAAGCAGAGCACAGACAGCUACACCCAGCAUCAUCAGGUUCACCUGAAACGAGAGAAGAAAAAAGAGGAGGAUCAGAGGAGGAAAGACUGGGUGGACCAGGAGCGAGAGAAGACUCUGAGCAGAUUACGCUCCUUCAGACAGAAGCGACAGGGCCAGUACAUCCUGAAGACUCCUCACUCCAGGUCCGAAGUCCCGUGUCCCUCCCAGCCGCUGUCCAUCAUCAGCCUCGGGCCUUCUGUCCCCUCUGUAGAUCCCUCGCUCUUUGUCCGUCCUCAACCCAGACACAAAAAAGCAACCAAGAAGCGUCCGCCUGAAGACAUCCCUGUCCACAUCUAUGCUGCACCACCGCCGCCGCCACCACCUCCACAUACUUACAUCCCUCCUGCGCCUCUUCUGCCGCCUCCACCUCCACCUCCACUGCCCCCUGCUGUCCCUCCUCCUCCACCACCACCACCUCUCCAAGAAGACACACCGAAGGCUCUCAGUGAAAAAGAGGAGCCUCCUUUCCCUGCCAAGAACAUGCUCAAACAAAAUACAGGAACAAUGGACGAAGUGUUGGCCUCGCUGCAGCGUGGACAGAUUCAGCUGCGAAAGGUCCCCACUCACUGGACAGCGUCCCCCGCUGAGGACCCAAGGAGCAGCCUGAUGUCCGCCAUACGUCAGGGCGUCAUGCUGAAGAAGGUGGUUCCUUCGCGAGCCGAGGCCCCGAGCGGCGGAGACAACGAGCUGGAGCGAAGCAUCAAAGCCGCCAUGAUGAGGAUGAAGAACGUGGCGGGCGACUCUGACGACGAGGACAGAGGAGACGAGGAGACACAGAGCACAGAGUGGGACAGCUGAGCGCACACACACACACACUCACACACUCACUGCCACGGCCACACUGGUUGCGUGUGCAGUGGAGCGACGGCUGCUGUCGAAACGGCUGCCAUUGUACAAUAAGACUUCUGCCUGAAAUUCAUUUAAAGGCUUAUUCUAAGAUGACAAAAGCCAACUAGUUUUUAUUUUAAUUUUAAUUUUAAAGUGAGUCGUACAUACAAUUUCUACCAAGCAAUCUUCUUCCUACACGUUACACACAGACCUGUCCCACAGGAAGCUGUGGAGCUGCUGCUAUGAGUUACUCAAAUUAAAAUAAAAUGAUUUAAUAGGUAAUAAUGCUUUUUGAAAUACUUUUCUUCUGUACUGAACUGAAUGCUACGACGUUUGUGUAUGAACUUCCAAAUCCAAAAGAAUGGAUUGAGGGAAAGGAAACAGAAAAAGGCUUUUAAUUUGAAAGGGGUUUGAAUUUUUCCUUCUCUAUUUUUGCUGACAAAACACACACACACACACAGAGUCCGAUGUAAUCUGAUUACACGAAGGCCUAAAUGAAAAAUUAACGCGCUAUGGGACGCUGCACACGCUGCACACGCAUCCACCGUGGUCCAGGUUUUGACUCCUCCUCCCUCUUUCAUCGAGCAUGUGUCGCUGCCAAGUUUUCCACAAGUGCUUCUCUCUCGUCACAAGUGAUGAAAGUGUAUGUAUGUAGAGAAUGUUUUAAAUUAGCCGGGUAUGAGGAUGUAGUCUCUUUAAAAGAAAAAAAAAAGCACUUACUCAGGAGAAGAAGCCUUGUGAUUGUACGGUUAGUGUCGAUGAGUGAAUUUGUCCCAGCUGCUCUCUCUCUCUCUGUGUUUAUUUGUAUUUAUAUCUUUGUGAGGUCUUUUUCAGAUUUUAGAGUUAUGGUUGCGAUGGUUAAGGGGUUUAAGGGAAUUGCAUUAAGAUGCAUUAUGAUGUGUCCUCACUAAGAUAUAAAGACAAGUUUGUGUCCACCAUCACAAAUACUCAAAUACUCGUGUGUCUAAACCAGAGAAGCCCAACAUUUUUCCACCAGAGGGACAAAAAUCAACACUGGGAUCCUUUACUGAAUAUUCUUUUUAAACAAUAACAUAAUUAAAUGACAACUUUACGUUGUAUUUUUCUGGCACAGAACCUUUGGUAUAAUGUGGUGCCUCCAUCAUGACUUUGAUAUAUGCUUGAGAAAAUGCAAUUUCUGAAACGAUACUGUUAUUUCUUCUCUCUCUAAUGCCAGAACACAGGGAGAGAAUUCUAACUUCUUUUUUUCUUCUAACGAUGGAAGUGCUUUUAAAAAGCAUGUGACAGGUUAAUGUUUGUUCUUUUGGCCAAAGUCUUUGAACGUGACUUAACUGAACCUGUUAAUACUGUGUGUCAUGAAUGAGGCUGCGACUAAACUUUAUUUUCCAUUAUUAUCUAUUCAUCUGGUGAGUCUAUUCUCAAAUAAUUGAGUACAUGUUGACACAGAAUGUCAAUCAGUGUUUCCCAAACCUGGAAAUGAUGUUUUUAUUUCGUUUUUUUUAUUGAUUUCUCUGGCACAUGGAGCAAAGAAAGCAGAAAAUAUUCCCAUUUUAAGUUGGUUGCGGCCCUGAUCACGAACAAACAGCACAAGUGUGUAGCAAACAGGACAAAGUGGGAGAAAAAAAAAACUGUGCACUUAUUCUGAAAAACUCUGAUUCUGAAGAGACGUGUACAGAAGACGAUUAGAGCCACACGAGAAAUGAAAGAAGUCAUCCAUCAUCUACUGCUUUAUCCUCAACAUGAGGGUCGCAGGUGCCGCAGGGCGAAAGGCGGGGCCACACAACCAUCCACUCUCAGUUACGAUCAAUUUAGAACGUCCAAUUAGCCUAAUCCCCAAAUGACUGCACUUGAUUUGCCAGAUUAGGGUGUAACUGGGGCCUUUUUGCCGCAAAGAUUGAAAUAAUCUACACUUGGAGCUAUGAUCAAAUUAAAGUCAGAAUUCUGAUUCAUGUUCAGACUUUUUUCUCACGUGGCCCUAAUCCUCUUCUGUAGAUGUGGAACUUUAUUCUACUCGGGUGUUUUUCAGACAAGCUGAGGCUGAAACACGCGUGUACUGCUGUGUUUUUAUUAAUAAACGAUGUAAAAAAAAAAAA